GUGGCGCUGGAGGUGGGAUCGGCUGGAGCGGAGCUUUCCUCCCGGGCUGGGCAGCAUCGCUGUCAUUAGCGCCGCCUGCUCCCGCGGGCCCCGCGGACCCAGCUGUCAGGCAGAGCCUCCAUAGGCAACUGGGUCAUCAUCAAGGACAUGAUGAGUAAUGAGACUUCACUUGGGGGCCUGAGUUCCCAGGAUGCUGAUGAUCUCAUGAAAUCCACAGCCCAUAAGAACAGCAGUAUGUAAUUGGAGUCACAAGCCCAUUGGAGCAAAAUGAGCGCGCAGUGAGCCCAGCCGCAGCCUCUCUCCCAAGCCUUCCCCGACGCCCACCAUGAACCGCUUGGAGGGCUCCGCAGAGGUGGAGGUGACCGACGAGGCGGCCGGCGGGGAGGUGAACGAGUCGGUGGAGGCUGACCUGGAGCACCCGGAGGCGGAGGGGGAGCAGUCGCGGCCGCUGCAGGCGCAGCGCCCCGGCCCGCACCCGCGUGGGCGCCGCGCCGUCGAGGACCCCCGCGCGGCGGGACAGCAGCAGCAGCAGCAGCCGCAGCUCGGAUCACAGCAGGACGAGGAGGAGCGCGGCGAGUGCCUGGCGCGAUCCGCCAGCACCGAGAGCGGCUUCCACAACCACACCGACACGGCCGAGGGCGACGUGAUCGCCGCGGCCCGCGACGGCGACGAUGGCGACGUGGAAGCGGAGCGCGCGCAGGACCCCGUGCAGGACCCCGAGGACGAGAGCGCCUACGCCGUGCAGUACCGGCCCGAGGCCGAGGAGUACACGGAGCAGGCAGAAGCCGAGCACGCGGAGGCCACGCACCGCCGGGCGCUGCCCAACCACCUGCACUUCCACUCGCUGGAGCACGAGGAGGCCAUGAACGCGGCCUACUCGGGCUACGUCUACACGCACCGGCUGUUCCACCGCGGCGAGGACGAGCCCUACGCCGAGCCCUACGCCGACUACGGCGGCCUCCAGGAGCACGUGUACGAAGAGAUCGGGGACGCGCCCGAGCUGGAGGCGCGCGACCACGACGGCCUGCGGCUCUACGAGGAGCGCGAGCACGACGAGGCGGCCGCCUACCGCCAGGAGGCCCUGGGCGCGCGGCUGCACCACUACGACGAGCGCUCCGACGGCGAGUCCGACAGCCCCGAGAAGGAAGCCGAGUUCGCGCCCUACCCGCGCAUGGACAGUUACGAACAGGAGGAGGACAUUGAUCAGAUCGUCGCCGAGGUCAAGCAAAGCAUGAGCUCGCAGAGCCUCGACAAGGCGGCCGAGGACAUGCCCGAGGCCGAGCAGGACUUGGAGCGCGCCCCCACCCCGGGCGGGGGUCGCCCCGACAGUCCCGGGCUGCAGGUGCCGCCGACCGGGCAGCAGCAGCAGCAGCCGCGGGCGGUGGGCCCCGCAGGCGGCGGUGGCGGCAGUGGUGAGACGGGGCAGCGGUACAGCAAGGAGAAGAGGGACGCCAUCUCGCUGGCCAUCAAGGAUAUCAAGGAGGCCAUCGAGGAGGUGAAAACCAGGACCAUCCGUUCGCCUUACACCCCCGACGAGCCCAAAGAACCCAUCUGGGUCAUGCGCCAGGACAUUAGCCCCACCAGGGACUGUGACGACCAGAGGCCGGUGGAUGGAGAUUCUCCGUCUCCUGGCAGCUCCUCGCCCCUGGGUGCAGAGUCAUCGAGCACACCCCUUCAUCCCAGUGACCCCGCGGAAGCCUCCACAAAUAAAGAGUCAAGAAAAAGCUUGGCUUCAUUCCCAACCUACGUUGAAGUCCCUGGACCUUGCGACCCUGAAGACUUGAUCGAUGGAAUCAUUUUUGCUGCCAAUUACCUUGGCUCUACCCAGCUGCUGUCAGACAAAACUCCCUCCAAAAAUGUGCGCAUGAUGCAGGCACAGGAAGCAGUGAGCAGGAUUAAGAUGGCCCAGAAAUUAGCCAAAAGCAGGAAGAAGGCUCCUGAAGGGGAAUCUCAGCCUAUGACCGAGGUCGACCUCUUCAUUUCCACACAGAGAAUCAAAGUGUUGAACGCCGACACCCAGGAGACGAUGAUGGACCACCCUCUGAGGACCAUCUCGUACAUCGCUGAUAUUGGAAACAUCGUGGUGCUCAUGGCCCGCCGGAGGAUGCCUCGCUCCAACUCUCAGGAGAACGUGGAGGCCUCCCACCCGGCACAGGAUGGGAAAAGACAGUACAAGAUGAUCUGCCACGUCUUUGAGUCUGAGGAUGCCCAGCUGAUUGCACAGUCUAUAGGGCAGGCAUUCAGUGUAGCAUACCAGGAAUUCCUCAGGGCCAACGGGAUUAACCCCGAAGACCUCAGCCAGAAGGAGUACAGUGACCUGCUCAACACCCAGGACAUGUACAACGACGACCUGAUCCACUUCUCCAAGUCGGAAAACUGCAAAGAUGUUUUCAUAGAGAAGCAGAAAGGAGAAAUCCUGGGAGUCGUGAUUGUGGAGUCUGGCUGGGGAUCCAUCCUGCCAACUGUCAUCAUAGCCAAUAUGAUGCACGGAGGCCCUGCAGAGAAGUCAGGGAAGCUGAACAUCGGGGACCAGAUUAUGUCCAUUAAUGGCACCAGCCUGGUGGGCCUGCCUCUCUCCACAUGCCAGAGCAUUAUUAAGGGCUUGAAGAAUCAAUCCCGAGUGAAGCUGAACAUUGUCCGCUGUCCUCCGGUGACCACCGUGUUAAUCAGAAGGCCGGACCUCCGCUACCAGCUGGGUUUCAGCGUCCAGAACGGAAUCAUCUGUAGCCUCAUGCGAGGAGGAAUAGCUGAGAGAGGAGGUGUCCGCGUGGGACACCGGAUCAUCGAAAUCAACGGCCAGAGCGUCGUGGCCACCCCCCAUGAGAAGAUCGUCCACGUCCUCUCCAAUGCUGUGGGGGAGAUCCACAUGAAGACGAUGCCAGCAGCUAUGUACAGACUGCUGACGGCCCAGGAGCAGCCCGUGUACAUCUGAGCGCCCCUGGAGACGCGUGCAUGGAGGACUCGCCUCACCGUGGUUGUGUUUCUCGUGCUGCAUCCGUGUGUCCACUGAGACAUUUCCCUCUCACUCCCAGCGUUCGGUCUUAACACAGGAAGAGAAGAAUCCACAAGGACCUCUUGACUCUCUGUCUCCCUCCAUUUUGUUCUCCCUCCUCUCCUCUUUCCUACCAGGGAAGUCUACCAUGUGCUCCCUCCACCACAA